AUGUCUCGAGACGAUAAAUCUGGAUUCGCCAUCCGUCGACACAAAUCCUGUCAGGACGGAGAGGCAGCCUGUGGUCCAACAUGGGGUGAUUUCCAUGCCUGCUGUCCCCAUGGCUCCACGUGUCCGGGAGCAAACACCCCCUACGUGAAUUCAGUAUGCUGUCCGUCCAAAUCCAACUGCACAGAGCUUAUUUUGGACCCGCCAGUAUGUGCAGAUAGGAGCUGGACUCUGUACGAUCACGAGGGGUAUUUCUGCUGCCAUAAGGAUAUGCGAGGGUUUUUCGUCACCGAUAUGUCGUGGGUGGGCUGCGCGGGUCCAAAUUCUCCCGGUGAGACUAACUAUCAGAUGUUGAAAGCUAUCAGUACGGCCACACCGACCCCGACAACGGCCUCUGUAUCAUCGACAUCCUUAUUGACCUCGAAGACCACGGCACCAACAACAACAGCUGGAGGCGGUAACUCGGGCUCCAAUACCAAUACUGGUGCUAUAGCCGGUGGUGUUGUCGGUGGUGUAGCCGGACUAGCUGUUAUUAUUGGAUUGUUGGUUUUCUUUAUUCGUCGAUGGAAAGAACAACAGGUUGAGGAGCAACAGUCAGAUUCCCAGACACUCACGCCACGGUCGCCACAGUAUUCUACCAAUAACGAGCCAAAAGAACUACAAGGAAGCUUGCCAGCAGAGUUAGUGGGGUCAAGUAGGAGUUUAAAUCAUGAGGUGCAUGAGCUCCCGUCGAGCUCCUGA